AUGGGGGAAGAAGAUACAAAGGCAACCGUCGAGCCAACAGCAAGCAAGACUAGCUCUCUUGAGAAACCAUCCGAGGCUAUGGCUGGAAAAAAGGAGGAGGAGAAGGCUGAAGGUAAGGUAACACAAGAACUUAAGAAAGAUGAGGAGAAGGCUGAACCAGAGAAAAUGGAGAUAGAUGCUGAGAUAAAGAAGGAUGAAGAAAAAGCUGAUACAGAAGAGAAAGAGUUAGAUGUUAAGAGAAAUGAAGAUAAUGCUAAGUCUGAAAAAACGGAAGAUGAGGUUAAGGUCACAAAAGAUGAGGGACAAGCAAAGGCUACCAACAUGGACGAAGAUGCAGAUGAAAAGAAAGAGCAAACUGAUGAUGGUGUUUCUGGAGGUGGUCCAGUGGAAGAUACCGUGAUGGAGGAAAACGUGGAAUCUGAAGGCAAUAAUAAUGCCAAAGAUGAUGAAAAGCAAGAGACGGAUAUUACUGAAGCAGACAACAAGAAAGCUGGGAAAGAAUCAGAGGAGGACGUCAAACUUGAAGGUGAGCAAGCAAAUGGAACAAAAGAUGGGAAUACAGGAGAGAUCAAAGACGAAGAGAAACUGGUAGAUGGAGACAAAGGGACAGAGAGGGUUGAAAAUGUGAAGAUUGCAGAUGAAGAUAAGAAAGUGGAGACUGUGGAUGAAGAUAAAAAGGAGGAGGAUUUGGUUGAAGAAGGAAAAGAGGAGGAAGAUAAGGAGGGAAAUAAAACAGAAGAAGUUGAAGUGGCAAAGGCAACGGUGGAUGACGAAGAAGAAGGAGAUGAAAAAGUGGAGAGCAAACAUGCAAAGGAAGAUGAGACAGAAGAGAAAACUGAUGAUAAGGGAGAUGAAAAAGCAGAGAGCGGUGAUGAUAAGGAAAUAGAAAAAGAAGAGAGCAAGGGUUCUAAAAAGCGUGGGAAAGGAAAGAGUUCUGGGGAAAAGGUUCGCGAGAAGACAAAAAAUGAGGAAGAGAAAAAGGAUGUAGAACCUAGGACUCCUUUCUCUAAUCGCCCUGUGCGUGAGCGGAAAUCUGUUGAGAGGCUUGUCGCAGUGAUUGAUAAAGACUCUUCAAAAGAAUUCCAGAUUGAAAAGGGGCAAGGUGCAUAUCUCAAAGACAUUCCCAAUGUUGCUAACAAGGUAAUGAGGAAGAAGUCUGAUGAAACUUUGAAGCAGCUGCACACAAUUCUAUUUGGUGGGAGGAGAGGGAAGGCUACUCAGAUAAGGACAAACAUAUUGGGCUUCUCUGGUUUUGUUUGGCAUGGAAAUGAGGAAAAAGCAAAAGAGAAGAUAAGAGAAAAGUUUGAUAAAAGCGUCAAAGAAAAACUGUGGGAGUUUUGCGAUUUGUUUGACAUACAUAUUACCAAGACUACAACAAAGAAGGAAGACAUGAUCUCAAAAUUGAUUGAGUUUUUGGAGAAGCCUCAUGUGAAAAGCGACGCUCAAGUUAAUGAGAAAGAGAAGUCGAGUAAGGGAGCGAAACGCAAGAGAACUCGCACACCUGCAGCUGGGAGUUCAUCCUCCAAACGAUCGGCAAAGAGCCAAAGGAAGUCUGAAGAAGGAACGAAGGCUGUCAAAAAGAGUUUAUCUCAUUCUGAUGAUGAGUCUGAAGAAGAGAAGGAGGAGGAAGAAGAAAAACAAGAGAAGGAGCAGAAGGCAGACGAGAAAGAAGAGAAUGAAGAGGCGGAGAAUGAAAAUGGUAUUCCUGAUAAAUCCGAGGAUGAGGCACCACAGCCUUCUGAAAGCGAGGAGAAGGAUGAAUCUGAGGAGCUUUCUGAAGACGAAACAACAAAGAAGAAACAUGGUUCUAGAUUGUCAGCUGGGAAGAGAGAAUCAGCAGGAAGAGCCGGUACCAAAAAAGCGGCAGUCGCUGCAAAAUCCAGUCCACCAAAGAAAGUUACACAGAAGCGAUCAUCAGCAAAAAGAAAGAAGAUUGAUGAUGACAAUGAUACGAGUCCAAAGGAAUCCUCUAAGAGGAAGAAGUCUGAAAAAGUUACAAAGGGCUCCUCGGCGCCUUCAAAGUCUGCAUCAAAAGAGAAGCCAGAAGCUAACCAAUAUUGCAGCCACUUAUGUUUUCUGACACCAUGUUUAUCUGUGUUUGUGCCUAUGUUAAAAGUAGAAAAGGCUGGAAAAGGGAAAGAAAAAAACAAAGGGCCAAGCGAUAAAGUGCUGAAGAAUGCAAUCGUUGAGAUCUUGAAAGAUGUGGACUUUAAUACGGCUACAUUCACGGACAUCAUCAAAAAACUUGAUAAGAAGUUCAAAGAAGAUCUCACCCCAAGAAAGUCAUCUAUAAAGCUGAUGAUCCAAAGUGAGCUCACCAAAUUAGCAGAAGAAGCUGGUGAAGAAGAGGAAGAGGAGGAGGAGAAGAAAGAAGAAGAUGCAGGGAAGGAGAAAGCAGGAACGUCUGCUACUGGCGAGGAGGUGAAAGCCUAA